AUGGAUCCUGGUGUCACUGCAGCUCUCCUGAUGGUGUGCUGCUGCGUGCUGGUGACGGCUGACCCCAGCUGCGACCAGGCACAGUUCCUGCACCCCAACGGCAGCUGUGUGGACUGCCCCACGUGUGGCCCGGGGGAGCAGCUCACGGAGGACUGUGGCUAUGGCGAUGGGGGAGAGGGGCGCUGUGUGGCGUGCGGGGAGGGGGAGUUCAGCGCGGAGGAGGGGCUGGCACCCUGCUGGCAGUGUACCCAGUGCUCCCUGCUGAACCGACAGGAGCGGGCGCCCUGCUCAGCCACGAGCAAUGCGCAGUGCGGGGGCUGCCUGGGAGGGUUUUACGAGAUGAGAAGAAAGAGCGGGGAGAUGGAGCCCCUGUGUAUGCCCUGCUACAGUCCCACAGGGAGGGCCCGAAAAGAGUGCUUACCCCGCACCCCACAACAUAUGGCUGAAGGGGAGGAGCCAGUCCCAGCGUCUAUGGCUUUGAUUGGUUCAGCAUCGGCUGCCUCUGCCUUCCUUCUGGUGCUCUUGCUGUGGGUCUUCUUACUGACUGUGGAGAGACUCAAGCAGGGACGCAAGGGAGUCACUGACCCCGGCAGCUUCUCUGGACCCCGACCAGCCGAAACACUUCACACGCUUCUCCCCUGUGUCCCGCCCUGUGCCGCGCCCAGCCGGGACAGACAGCCCGACCAGUGGGCUCAUGAAAAAGAGACGCAUUCCCCCUCCAUCGUCAUCAAUCUGACCACAAACAUCAAGUCCUCCAGCGAAGGCGGGGACAGAGACAGCGAGUGGGAGGGACAUGAGGGCCCAGGCCCCACCCCUCAGCCCCAGAUCUCUCUGGAGGAGAAUCUGGAGAUGCUGGACUAUGACACCGUGCAGGACCUGUCUCUGCUGCUGGACGCGGGCGGCCGUGGGGACGGCAUGAGGAGGCUGGGCCGCGCCCUGGGCGUCCCUCCGGAGGUCCUCAACAACCUGCACGGCUUCCAGGACCUCUUCCAGUACCUGCGCACCUCCACGUACACGCUGCUGCCCCUGCUGGCACAGGCCGCCGCCUCCCUGCCCCGCCCCGACCUCGUCUCCAGGAUACACCACGGCCUGGUGGCCACGCACAGCCUCCACAACACCUGUACCUCGCCCUGA